GUACCCCAGCCGCUGCCUUGACGGAGAUGGCGUUCCCGGUGGCUGUCCCACGCCCGAGACCCAUCCUCCGUCUGGACCGUCUCCACCUCACCCCCAUCCGCGCCGCCGCGGCAAGAACCCCCGUUCCCCAGCCCCUCCCCGACGAGCUCCAGCUCGUCGCCGACGUCCGCUCCCCGCACAACCACAUCCGCGUCGCCGACGUCUCCCCGCGCGCUGCCGGCCACCCCCUCGCCGGCGCGCGCCUCCUCCUCCUCGACGGCCCGGGCAACAUCCACUCCGUCUCCUUCCCUCGUCGCCCCUACUGCCCCCUCACUUCCACCUACUUCGACGUCUUCGCCACCCUCCCGCCUCUCCUCCCGCGCCCAUCCCUCGCCGUCCUCGGCUUCGGCGCGGGCUCCGCCGCGCGCGCCCUCCUCCAUUUCUACCCGGACAUAUCCGUCCAUGGCUGGGAACUCGACCCCUCCGUCAUCGCCGUCGCCCGGGACUUCUUCAGCCUCGCGGAGCUCGAAAGGGACCACGCCGGCAGGCUGGUCAUCCACGUCGGCGACGCGCUGGAGGCCGAGGCCGUGCCGGGGGGCUUCGGCGGCGUGCUGGUGGAUCUGUUCGCCAACGGGAGCGUGCUGCCGGAGCUCCAAAAGGCGGACGCUUGGCGCCAGAUAGGCGCGAUGGUAGCGCCGGGAGGGAGGAUGAUGGUGAACUGCGGCGGGGGCUGCGUGGAGGCGGAGGAGGAGGGGAGAGACGGCGAGGCAGUGAAGGAUGCGACGCUGCGGGCGAUGGUGGCAGCGUUCGGGGAGGGAAUGGUGGCGGUGCUGAGCGUGGAUGAAAGUUGGGUGGCGAUGACAGCGCCGGUGGCGCGGGCAUCGGAGGAGGCGGCGGCGUGGAAGGCUAGGCUGCCGCCGGAGCUGGGCCACUAUAUUGACAUGUGGAAGCCGCACAAUGGCAAUGGUGAUGCAUGAAUAGAUGGGGAUUAUGCAGUGGUUCUCUGUGCAAGAAUGCAGAGUGAUUUCUGCACAUCAAACUGCAGAUGAUUAUAACAAGCUUUCAAAAAUUGGCUCAGACACUACAUGUUGCGUUUUUUCCAGCAAUUUUCACGUCUUCGGUAGCUAAAUUAUCUACUCCUCUCUACAGACAUUAAUUAAGCCCUGACAAAAACAGAGUCGGCAUAGACAGACUUCAUGUAAAUGGAUAUUUGAGGAAACAGAAGACAGUUAGUUUGCUAUCUAGUACUCCCUCUGUCCGGAAAUACUUGUCCUAGAAAUGGUUGUAUCUAGACUUAUUUUAGUUAUAGAUACAUCCAUUUUAUCCAUUUUUAAGACAAAUAUUUCCAGACAGAGGGAGUACUUGAUUAAGACAAUUAGAUUUAAUGCUAGUUUCCCUCUUUAAUAAACUCAACAAAGAACAGAAAAGAUGUGCUGCAUGGAAAAGUCCCACCCAACAGCUUGUAAAGUUGCAUUUCGAUUUAAAGCAUGCAUUGCAACAGCCGAUUCCCUCCAAAAUGCGUCCGAACUAGUUGACCUUUACAUACGCAUUCCUUGUGCUCUUUUAUUCCCCUUUUCAUACAAAGAAAGACAAGGUUGUUCUUUCCUUCCUCCUCAUCUUUUCUCCUUUGAUCCCUUUCCUUUUUCGCUUUUGCUCCUGCCCACACGCCUGAGUAAAACUAUUUUCGCCCCCAAACCGAGCGCUUUGCCUUUGCAUCUUGCUAACCAUGCCCUUCAGCGUUCUUGAAAGAAGGCAAAGCUUGCGCUAAUGGAUCGGAAAGAGCUCAUCUCCCUCUUUUCAUUUCCCGUGCAACUUCCUCAGAUUCCUCUCCCGUGCACUGACUGACUGUUUCAGUAGCAUCUCUUUCUUUCUAUGCUUUGGCAAACAUCUUUUUCUGUUCCUUUUCACUGGCUUAUAAACACAGGCGUUGCAUUGCACAGUCGGGCUGUCGUAUCGAUCCGUUAUCGCUUGAAGUUUCGGCUACCUAGCUAACUGGUAGAGUA